AUGGGCCGGGUGACGGAUGGACGCGGUGGAAGAGAAGCCGCAGACCCCGCUGCAAGCCUGGAUGCCUCCGACCCGGAGCUGCACUACGAGGAGGAGGAGGAGGAGGAAGAUGAGUCAAGCGGGGAGUCCGAGUCCUCGGACACCAGCAGCAUCUUCUCCGAGGACUCCGUCUACCCCUGCUGCGAGCUCUCCGCGGGGGCCGGCGGCGGCCAGGACCUCAGCCUCUACCAGUGCUGCCUCCGAAACGACGCCGAGCUGCUGCAGGGGAAGCUGGAGCGCGGCGUGAGCAGGCGGGAGGCCACGGAGCUGGACGUCAACGGGAGGAACGGGCUGAUGGUCGCCUGCUGCAUGGGCUUUGUGGACGUGGUGCCUCUGCUGAGGAAGUGCCCGUACAUAAAUAUCAAUCAGCAGGAUAACGAGGGGAACACCGCGCUGAUGAUGGCAGCCCAGGCAGGGCACAUCACGAUAGUCAACUAUCUCCUGAACUACUACCCAGCUCUGGAGGUCGACAAGAGAGACGGCCGGGGCCUGACCGCCCUGAUGAAGGCUGCGGUGCAGGGGAGGAAGGACUGCGUGACAGCCCUGCUGCUGGCGGGAGCCGACCUGCAAGCGGUGGAUCCCGUCAAGGGGAAGACGGCCCGAGACUGGGCAACGCUCACGGGGCGCUUCGAGACGCUCGUUCAGAUCCGGAGCCUCCUGCAGCGCCCGCGGGCAGAGCAGUUCAGCAGCCGGUACCGGCCGGAGUGGCCGGCCCUGGCCGAGCUGGUGGCCAAGGCCCUGAGCCCCAAAUCCAGAGGCCAGAGGCUGUCGGAGAAGAUCCGGUCCGCGUUGACCUUCAGCUUCCCCAAAGACCCCGAGGAGGACGGUGUGAUGGACCACAUGGUCAGGAUGACCACCUGCCUAGCCAGCCCCUUCGUAGCCACCGCUUGCCGAACCAUCUGCCCCGACAGCCCCCCCGAAGUGGGCAAGCGCAGGCCGGCCGUGCCAGAGAUCCUCGAGGAGCACACGCCGGCCCAGGACCCCGAGUCGGAAGCCAGCUGGGGCUCUGGUGCCGGGACGUCCUCGUGCAACGGCCAGGCCGUGUCGGAGAUCAGGCUGCUGUCGCCGUACCGACCCGUCACCGGCCUCAGGAGCUUCCUGCCCUGGAGGCUGCUGCGGAGGAACAGCAUCUUCCCUGGAGACCAGAUCCCUAAAAUCAAACUGACCAAGUCCUCCUCCCCGCCUGCCUGCAGGGAGAAGCAGCGACGCUCCCAGAGCAAGAACCUGCUGGAGCCACCCAAGUGGCGGUACAAGUUGCUGAAGGAGGAGAAGAGAGCAGCUGAGGAAGCAGAGGGGAAGAAGAAGAAGCAGCAAAGGAAGAAGAAGGCCUAAGCGGAGAGCUUAGGCGCCAGGGCGAAGCAGCGUCAGGCCCCAGACAGUCCCUUGGACCUGCUCGCUUCAUUCUGUGGCAGCGAGGGGUCAUUUUCCUUGCAGCCGGGCAUGUCCCCGGAGGAAGGACACGGGUGGAGAUGCCCGAGAGGUGGACGCUGCAUGUGGGUACCCGACCCAAGCCAGCUGAGAUCCCCCCAGCCCUGCGUCUCCCGCGCCCUGCCCAGGCCCCUCGUCGCCCGCCUCCAGGGCGAUGCCGCAGCGCGGGUGCUCUGCCCGCAGGUAACGCCGGGCUUCGAAGCUGUGGCUCUGCCUCGUCGGCAGCACGAGGCUUCCACGGGGCCGGAGGCUCGCGGGCGGCGUGCUUGGGUGCGCGGCAAGGCCCAUCUGCGCCCGAGCACCUCGGCUGGGUCCCGAGGCACGGCGUGCUGCCGAGACGGCUCCUGGGGCACGAGCAGCGGUGGUGAAGAGCCCACGUGGGAGCAGGAGCUGCGGCCAAGCGACGAGGGAUGCUGGACUGGGAGGGAGGGACCAGGGAGGGUGACUUAUCGUCUCCGGGUCUCCUAUAUCACUGUUUUAGUAGAGCCAGGCUGCUCUCUGACCCCGCUUCCCCGGGCAGAGCGGGAGGCACCUUGCAGCGAUGGCACCGGCGGGUCGUGACGCUGCGCAGCCCGGCUGCCCCUCGGGCAGGCUGCUCGCCGGCACCACGCUCGCUUCGCCACUGUGGCUUGUGGCAAAGGAAGAGAGGUCUGCGACAGAAGGGGCCGCUUUUCCUUUCCUUUCUUUUUUUUCCUCCUCUUUGAUCUUAUUGAGAUCUUGAUCCUGCAAACUGUGAUGGAACAUGACUGUGUAAACUGAAGUGGAAGCGGUUGCCAUGUUAACAGCAUUGAUUUAAUGAAUAAACCUUCAGGUUGCUU